AUGGAUAGGCUUGAUGGACCACCACGUCUCAUACUAGUUGCUGAUCUCGACUGCACGUUGGUUGAUCACGAUGAUCCUGAAAACACACAUCUCCUAAGAUUUAACGCGCUAUGGGAAGCUCACUAUCGCCAUGACUCAUUGCUUGUUUACUCCACCGGAAGGUCUAUGCGUUCUUACUUGAGCCUAAGGAACAAGAAACCGUUGCUGACUCCGGACAUCGCCAUAACUUCUGUCGGUUCUGAGAUUGCAUACUGUGGCGAGUCGAUAGUGUUUGAUGAUGUUUGGGUGGCUCGUUUGAGUGAAAUGUGGAACAGAGACAUUGUCGUCGAGGAAACUUCUAAGUUCUCUCAACUUGAGCCACAGCCAAAGAGGAGUCAAGAGCAGCACAAAGUGAGUUUUUAUGUGGAAAGAGAACAUGCUGUGGAAAUAAUGAAGGUUCUCCCAGGGAUACUAAUGGAGCGUGGGGUUGAUGUGAAGAUGGUUUAUAGCAACGACUACGCUUUCGAUGUUUUACCAGGAGGGUCUGGCAAAGGAGGGGCUCUGACUUAUCUACUUGAAAAGUUGGAGAAUGAGGGGGAGCAAUCUUCUAACAUACUUGUUUGUGGUGACUCUGGAAACGAUGCUGAGCUUUUCAACAUUUCUCAAGCAUAUGGUGUAAUGGUUAGUUUCCUACUAUUUUUUUUUUAAGUUGGAACAUACUUGGUUGCUCUCUUGUAGUUGUGAUGAUGUUUUACUGUUUAAGGUUAGCAAUUCACACAAAGAACUAUUGCAAUGGCAUGAAGAAAAUGCAAAGGACAACCCAAAUAUAAUCCUUGCGUCCGAGAGAUGUGCAGCUGGCAUCAUAGAAGCCUUGCAAAGGUUUAAUUUGGGACCAAGCGUCUCUCCAAGAGAUGUUUUGGAUGCUGAACGUUUCUACAAGGAGAUUUUGGAUCCUGCUCAUGAGGUGGUUCAGUUUUAUUUGUUGUGCGAGAAAUGGCGAUGUGGGGAGGUGGAGAAGUCUGAUAAUUACUUGCAGAACUUGAAAUUACUCUCUGUAAGAUUGCUUCUUCGUUCUUAGAAAUGCUUCAACAAUGUAUUCAUUUUGACAAUUUAAGUGUUCAAAUCAAUAAUAUGAAGAUUUCCCCCUUGCAUGUAUUGUAUAUUAAUUGGCUUAGUUGUUGUGCUUUUGCAAUGUUUCAGAGUCCACUUGGUAUGUUUGUACAUCCGUCUGGAGUGGAGAAAUCGAUACAUGAAUGGAUAGAUGAUUUGGAAAAUUUACAUGGAGAAGGCAAGGAAAAGCAGUUUCACAUUUGGUUGGAUAAAGUUUCGUCUUCUCGAAUCAGCUCAGACACAUGGAUUGUAAAAUUUGACAAGCAUGAGUUAUCUGGUAAGAAACUAGAUCUUUAAGUUACCAUUUCAAUAAUUUCUCUUAAGAUAUAGGACCAACCCUUUGAGUCAAGUAAACUUCAAACCUUAAUCCUUGUUGGCUUUGCCAAAUUACCAAUCACCCUUGUCAUAUUAUAUUCAUUUCUUCUUUUUUUAAUGUCCUGCUAAGUAAGACCGAAAACAUUAGAACAUGGAAGCAAACUUCUAAAACAAGCAAAUCAACGUCUUUUCAAUUAUCUUCAAGAAACAAAAAUCAAACAAAUCCUUAACACAUUCCUACAAAUCUACUACUAUUAGUUGACUUGUAAUAAACACAUCAAGAACAGUUAGAUGAGCCUAGUUUGACUAGUGUUUGCUAAAUCAUUUCCUCACUCAGACUAGGCUCAUCUAACUGUUCUUGAUGUGUUUAUUACAAGUCAACUAAUAGUAGUAGAUUUGUAGGAAUGUGUUAAGGAUUUGUUUGAUUUUUGUUUCUUGAAGAUAAUUGAAAAGACGUUGAUUUGCUUGUUUUAGAAGUUUGCUUCCAUGUUCUAAUGUUUUCGGUCUUACUUGUUUUUGGUUGUAUUCAGAGGGAAAAGUACGGUCUUGUUCCACAAGAGUCUUACUGAGUUGUCAGGUAAACCUUGAUUCAUGGUCCUUUUUAAGUUUCCAAACAAAUUAGUAGACUAAAUACUGAAAAACUGAAAAUGAGGUUUAAAUUUGAAAAGGAUGAAAAGCAAAAUCUGACGUGGAUGCACAUCCACCAAUCUUGGUUAGAUGAUUCCUGCUCAGAUGAUCAAGAAACAUGGAUUUUCUGAAUCCGUACUGUGACAUAUUAAGAUGAUACCUGUUUGGUACAGAAGCUAACCAAAAGAGCAUAGUGUUUGUGUUAUGUAUUGGCUUCAUGAAUACUCUUUUGCAUAUCUUGAAAAGUAUAAAUAAGGAAGACUGUGCAUUAAUUGGUACGUCUUUGGAUCACAAUUGGUUUGUUUAGGACCCUUUAGGUCUCUACAACAAAACCAUACACUUCUUUGGUUUAUGUAGAUAACUCUUGGUUUGCUUAUUUUUCAUUUUUUUUGUCUUCGUCCACUUCAAGAAAGAACUGGUUUGUUCCUUUUCUGGUUUACAUGAUUUGUUUUGUGCUAUAUCGGUUUGGUUUGGUUUUCUUAACCACAACGCGAUUACUCGCGAAUCCCGCCUCGGAUACUGUAAUUCUAAAAAGGAUAUGAUGGAGAUAAGAAAAGACGCAAGUCACGGAACAUGAUUCAAAGCAUUAAGUCUUGUCUUAACUACUAAUUACCACACUUUCCGUAA